AUGGAGCCCACGAACCAUCACUUCCGCGACGCUGCGGGUGGCACCGCAACCCCCGAUCUAAUGAACGACCCAGCUUAUGACGAAAGGGAAAAGGGAUUUGAAGACCUGGAUACUUGUCGGAUAUGUCAUGGCGAGGCAACGGAAGAGGAACCACUGUUUUACCCCUGCAAAUGCAGUGGAAGUAUCAAAUUCGUCCAUCAAAUAUGUUUGGUAGAAUGGCUGUCGCAUUCGCAGAAGAAGCACUGCGAACUCUGCAAAACGCCGUUCCGCUUUACCAAACUAUACGACCCGAACAUGCCUCAGAGCCUCCCCGCGCCUCUCUUUGUGAAGCAAGCCUUGAUUCAAUGCUUCCGAACACUAGUGACAUGGCUACGAUUUGUGCUUGUUGCCUUCGUCUGGCUGGGAUGGCUACCGUGGUCAAUGCGCGCGAUUUGGAGGGCACUAUUUUGGCUUGCUGAUGGCCGGUGGUCUCCCAAUGAGACGGUCCGGGCUCAGCUCGCACAAUCUGCCCAGGAAAGCCUAGGACAACUUGUUUCAAAUGACAGUGCUGCAAAUGCUGCUUUAGCCGACUCGGUUUCCUCCACGGUCUCGAAUGCCGCUUUCUCAUCUGCCACUGCGGCGCCAUCUGUACAAUCAUCACUUCUUAAUUUCGCACCAGGCGAGCCGCUCAUGCUCACCCUCAUCAAAAAGAUCAUACCUACUCUAUUCAUGCCCGCAUUUACCUCGAGUGUCGGACAAGGCAACACACAAAUCAACUCCACAGCCAGCUCAAUCAAACCUCGGCACCCCUCAUGGCUUUCGGACGUGAAGUUCCUGAACUCCUUAACACCCUACCCAACAAUCAAUAAUAUGAUCAUGGACACAUUGGAGGGACAGCUCAUCACCCUUCUUGUGGUCGUUUCAUUCAUUCUACUCUUCCUGAUUAGAGAAUGGGUUGUUCAACAGCAGCCUAUGGCCAAUAUUGCUGAAGGGGAACGUGAAGCUGCUCUUGAGCUAAUCGCCAAUGCGAAUAACCGAAUCAAUGAUCGGUUCAAUGCGGAGGGGGGCCUUCAACAACCAGACGCCGUUCCUGUUCAGCCAGAAAAUGAAGUAAACGAAGAACGUGCUGAUGCCCAUCAAUUGGGAGAUGAGCUUCCUCGUUUUGCUCCUCACUCCCCAGCCCCCUCCAGUGGUUCUGAGUUCGAUUUCCCCGAGCUCGAAGCAGAGCUAGGAGACUAUGUUGCAAACGACCCAGAUUAUGAAACAGAAGGCCUUCCUCCUACAGCUCGUGCUCUAGCCUUUCGAGACUUAGUAGCUCGGACUCAUGGUAAUCAUGAGGAAAUGUUGCGCAUUCUUCGAGAAGAGGCACACUCCGAUGAUUUGGAUUGGAUCGUGAAUGCAAUCACCGGGCCCAAUAUCAACCGGGAUACACCGGCAGGACCUUCUACUCGACCCCAUGUCGCGGACGAUGCGGAACUCCGCGAUGGCUCUGAAGCGUCAGCUUCCGAAAAUGGAGGUAGAAUUGACCAUCCGCUUAAUGCGGCCGCCGGACCUUCCGCUCAGAAUGCGGAUCAGGAGCCACCGACUCACGACAAUACCAUCUCUGCCGCUGACGUGCAGGUGGACCAUCGCCCCCCGCAGAAUAUCAUGGAACGGAUGUUCGACUGGUUCUGGGGAGAUAUCACACCUGCAGAGGGCGUUGUAGCAGAAGCGGUUCUCGCGGAUGAAGAGCAUAUUGUCCAGGAUCCUGCUUUAGAAGACCCAUUUGUGCCCGUUCCUAAUCGAAUGGAAGAUAACCCAGCAGAUGCUGCGGCCGAUGCUGCAGCUGCAGCAGGCGCUGGCUUAGACCCAAACGACAUGGAAGGAGUCGAGGGGGACGACUUCGAAGGAAUUAUGGACCUCAUUGGUAUGCAGGGUCCAAUAUUUGGUCUCUUCCAGAACGGUGUCUUCUGUGCACUUUUGAUUGCCUUCACAGUAGCCAUUGGUAUCUGGCUCCCAUACUUAUGGGGCAAAAUUGCUCUUGUCUUGUUAGCCAAUCCUCUCGAACUUGUGAUUGGUGUUCCUAUAACGGCGGUCGAAGUGGUCGCAGACAUUGCGCUUGAUACGCUUAUUGGUGUUGUGGGAUAUCUUAUGUAUUGGUUCACCCUUGCUUUCAAGAUCAUACUAAGUCCUUUUGGCGCUUUUGUUCCUUUUGGAGAAUGGCUACCUCAAGACAAGUCUGUCACAAGUGCAUCCCUCUCCCUUAUCGACGCAAGCAGCCACCGCUUGAACAAAGUGCUUAAAGCCUUCCUUGUGUUCCAUGAGUCUGAUAUUCCCAUGUUCUCCGUGCUCUCGCACCAGGCGCUCAAGUUGCAUCAGGAUCGGCUCGCUGUUGUUUUCCAGUCACUAUAUGCCACUGCCAAGUUCAUUUUGCAUGACUUCCCGCUUCGCAUCUUGACCCUCGGUGUACCAGGUGCUUUGUCUUUCGACUUAGACCUCUCUUAUCUCAAGAGUUUCGUCAGCCAAAUUCAGCAACAACUCAGCACCUUCGCGAAGUCGACGCUGUUCUCCAUGCCUGGAACAAGGUUCAUGAACGCAAGCGCAGCAAAGGCAGCGUCUGCCGCAGCGCCGGUCGAUUAUGACUUAGCCGUCUGGGAUUCCAAGGACCGCGUCAUUGCCAUUUUCAUGGGCUAUCUACUUGCCUCUCUGACAGGGCUUCUCUACCUUCGUAUUACAAGGUUGCUCUCUGGUGCGACUCGGGGACAGAGGAUCGAGGGCCUGCUUGCCGAGGUGUUGGUCCAAGCCGGAGGGGUGAUGAAGGUCAUCCUCAUUAUUGGGAUUGAAAUGAUUGUCUUCCCUUUGUACUGUGGGAGUCUACUUGAUCUUGCUUUACUUCCUCUAUUCUCGGGAGCUACAGUGGCCUCUCGUAUCGCUUUCACGGCCUCGUCCCCGCUGACCUCGCUAUUCGUGCACUGGUUCAUUGGUACUUGUUACAUGUUCCAUUUUGCCCUCUUUGUUUCCAUGUGCCGGAAGAUUCUGAGAAGUGGCGUCCUUUAUUUCAUUCGUGACCCCGAUGAUCCGACAUUCCACCCAAUUCGGGAUGUCCUCGAACGCAGUAUCACCACACAGCUCCGUAAAAUUGGGUUCAGUGCCCUUGUAUACGGUGCAUUGGUUAUCGUCUGCCUAGGUGGCGUCGUCUGGGGCUUGCACUUCACCCUAGAUGGUGUUCUCCCAAUACACUGGUCAGCCAGUGCCCCGAUGCUCGAAUUCCCAGUUGAUCUUCUAUUCUACAACUUUGUGUUGCCGGUAGUCAUUCAAUCAUUCAAACCAUCAGAUGGCUUGCAUGAUCUAUACGACUGGUGGUUCCACAAGUGCGCUCAUUUCUUGCGUCUCAGCAACUUCUUCUUCCCCGAAAGACACCUAGAAGAGGAAGGCCACCACGUUCGGAAGACUUGGUGGGGCGUCCUCUCUAGAAGCCAAGGUGAUUGGGAACACCCGAUAAUUGGAGAAGAUCAACAAGCGGCAGCAGAACAGGAAAAUCGCGACGUUUACUUCCUGCGGGAUGGCCGAUAUGUGCGCGCCCCUGGCUCUGAUCAGGUCCGCAUUCCCAAAGGCAACAAUGUUUUCCUCGAGGUCACUGAGAACAACGAACGUGUUGAUCAGAAGCCUGACCUUGCCGAUGGGCUCCAUGGCCACUCUAACGACAUGUUCACCAAGGUUUACAUCCCUCCCUCCUUCCGGACUCGAAUCGCUACAUUCAUCUUCCUCAUUUGGUUAUUUGCCGCCACCACCGGAGUAGGCAUCACUAUUAUCCCCCUGGUCAUUGGUCGGAAGAUCAUCAUGUCAUAUUCGUCCACACCGGCUCCGGUGAAUGACGUUUAUGCCUUUUCAAGUGGUCUUUGUGUAGUGGGUGCGCUUGCUUACCUGGGUUACCAUACCCGCACUGCACUUGGUCUUGGUCUUAUGAUGCAUGCAGCCCGACUUUUUUACAUCGUCGUUGUUGCCAUCAUCAUUCUUCCAUCACUCUUCGCACUUCUCACAGAACUAUUUGUUCUCAUUCCAGUACACACCCUCAUUGGUGAUGGAGAAUCACACGUUGUGCAUGUUGUUCAGGACUGGGCGCUCGGGGUGUUGUAUGUCCAGAUGGCCAUUAAGUUGACUUUCUGGCAGCCCCAUUCCUGGGUGGCAGCUGCAGUCAACAGUGUGUUCCAGGAUGGUUGGUUCAAACCGAAUGCCAGCCUUGCUACACGCGCCCUUGUUCUUCCAAUCAUGAUUUUCACGGCACUUGCAGUUGCUUUGCCCCUGUCGUUUGCGUUCAUCGUGCGCUGGACGAUCUUCUGCUCUCAUGUCGGAUUGCAGCCCAAGAUCUACCGCUAUGCCUAUCCCACCACACUUCUGAUUGUGUUGUCUGUAUGGAUGGGACAUUUAUUGCUGAAACGAGUCGCAGCCUGGCGGACCAAUAUCCGCGAUGAAGUCUACCUCAUCGGGGAACGACUACAUAACUUCAGCGAGAAACGAGCCCGGGACGUUGGUGUGUCUCGCGUGAUGACAGGCUGA